UGGCUGACUACAGGUCUCUUCCGGUGAGGUGGAGGAGGCCGUUGUAGACCGGGAUAAUGGCUGCUCCCCUGUGCUCCAUUCUGCUGCUGCUCUUCGCCGUGACCCUGGGGCCCGGGGCCCUAGCCGGCCCCCGCACUCUGAUAUUGCUGGAGAACGUCAACCUCAAGGAGACACACUCACUCUUCUUCCGCAGCCUGAGCGAUCGAGGCUUUGAACUCACCUUUAGGACGGCGGAUGACCCGGCCCUUUCCCUCAUCAAGUAUGGAGAAUUCCUGUACGACAAUCUCAUCGUUUUUUCCCCGUCUGUGGAAGAUUUUGGUGGAAACAUCAAUGUUGAAACAAUCAGCGCUUUCAUCGAUGGCGGUGGCAGCAUCCUUGUGGCGGCCGGCUCUGACAUCGGGGAUCCUCUGCGGGAAUUGGGCAGUGAAUGCGGCAUUGAGUUCGAUGAGGAGAAAACAUCGGUCAUUGAUCACCACAACUACGACAUUUCUGACCCGGGUCAGCACACUCUGAUUGUAGCGGAUUCCCAGAACCUUCUGAAGGCCCCGACCAUUGUGGGGAAGACCGCCCUAAACCCAGUCCUCUUCAGAGGUGUCGGCAUGGUGGCCGAUCCGGAUAACCCGCUGGUACUGGACAUCCUGACCGGCUCCUCCACAUCCUACUCAUUUUUCCCAGAUAAACCAGUCACGCAGUAUCCUCACGCUGUGGGGAAGAACACCCUCCUGAUCGCCGGACUCCAGGCCAGGAACAACGCCCGCGUCGUCUUCAGCGGCUCCCUGGAAUUCUUCAGCGACGCUUUCUUUAACUCUGCCGUGCAGAAAGCCACCCCGGGCUCUUCCAGGUACUCGAAGACCGGAAACUACGAGCUGGCGGUGGCCAUCUCCUGCUGGGUGUUCAAGGAGGAGGGAGUGCUGAGAGUCGGCGCCGUGUCCCAUCACCGUGUCGGGGAGAAGGAACCUCCCAGUGCUUACACCAUCACCGACCUCGUGGAAUACAGCAUUGUGAUUGAGAAACUCACUGAUGGCAAAUGGGUCCCCUUCGAUGGAGACGACAUCCAGUUGGAGUUUGUCCGCAUUGACCCUUUUGUGCGAACCUUCCUGAAGAAGAAUGGUGGAAAAUACAGCAUCCAGUUCAAACUUCCCGAUGUCUAUGGUGUGUUCCAGUUCAAAGUAGAUUACAACCGGCUGGGAUAUACUCACCUCUACUCGGCCACCCAGGUGUCGGUCCGUCCCCUGCAGCACACCCAGUAUGAGCGCUUCAUCCCCUCCGCCUUCCCGUAUUACGCCAGCGCCUUCUCCAUGAUGUUCGGCCUCUUCAUCUUCAGCGUCGUCUUCCUGCGGAGUUAUCCGGAGGGGGGCGUGUCAGGCGGAGGUCCAAUAGGAGUCUCGCUCCCGAGUCCCGAGGCAGAGAGUGAUGCCAAGCCGCGGAGGAUUCUGGGAGCAUCCCGACGUGACGCGGACGAGUAA